AUGAAUAGCUUUUUUAUUAGAAAUCAAUCAGUAUUAAUAGGUGCUAUACUUGGAAUCGGAAUUGGCCUUUACACCUUUGUUCCCGCAUUCGAGCAAUUAAAACGAGAGACGGAUCGAGCCUAUAACCUUUCCAAAAUUCAACCCGAGAAUAAUUCAAACAUCGCUUCAAAUAAAGAAGCGGUUUCGGAAAGCAAAACAAAUACGUAA